CCUCCGACGUUCUCCACCCCGGAUACGGCCCCCGGCAGCUCGGGGCUUCAGGCUGCUCCCCGGCAGGAUGGGCUGCAGGGAUGAGGCGCCGCGGCGUGCACGGAGCGAGUGAAGGGCCGCGAGUCGUCGUCCCCGGGUGCGGGAACGUCCAGCUCGGCGGGGCCCCGCACGGGCGGUGGACACGUAGCCCCAGGUCCGCAGCGGGCGCGGACGGCGGAGAGCCCUGCCCGGGAGCGCGUGGCGAGUCUCCAGCCCCCCAAGUAGCCUGCAGCUCCAAGGUCGCCCCCUGACACCACACCCCUCCCCGACUCGUGCACUGGCGGGCUCCUCUCCAAUGAUUCAGAAGGCGCACCCGGCACUGCUGCAGCCGCAAGAUGUUGGGGACCACGUGGAAACGCUCGUGGUAAACUGCGGGGAAGGGGAAGCCCCAGAACCUCCGGCUGGGACAGGGGACUUCGAGACAAGUCCAGGGGUUGCCCUCGGGGGAAACUUGCCCGCAUCCUGGACCCGUGCGGAACCGCUGCAUCCGGUGAUCAAAGCUUUCCUCUGUGGCUCCAUCAGUGGCACGUGCUCGACGCUCCUCUUCCAACCUCUGGAUCUCCUCAAAACACGCCUGCAGACCGCACAGCCCCCGGCCGAUGGAUCCAGACGUGUUGGCAUGUUGGCUCUGCUCUUGAAGGUGGUUCGCACGGAGAGUCUCUGGGGCCUUUGGAGGGGGAUGUCGCCUUCCAUCGUGAGGUGUGUGCCCGGCGUGGGCAUCUACUUCGGCACCCUCUACUCUUCCAAGCAGUACCUCCUCCGCGGCCACCCCCCCACUGCCCUGGAGUCGGUCAUGCUGGGGAUGGGCUCUCGCUCCGUCGCGGGGAUCUGCAUGUCGCCCAUCACAGUGAUCAAAACACGGUACGAGAGCGGGAGAUAUGGCUACGGGAGCAUCUACGCGGCCCUGAGGAGCAUCUAUCGCACCGAGGGCCACCGGGGCCUUUUCAGCGGCCUCACGGCCACACUCCUCCGUGACGCUCCCUUUUCUGGAAUCUACCUGAUGUUUUACAACCAGACCAAAAACAUUGUGCCCCACGACCAGUUGGAUACAACCCUUAUUCCUGUUGUGAAUUUCAGCUGCGGGAUAGUUGCUGGUAUUCUGGCCUCCCUGGUGACUCAGCCUGCAGAUGUCAUUAAAACGCAUAUGCAGCUCUCUCCAGGGAAAUUUCGGUGGAUCGGGCAGGCAGUGAUGCUCAUUUUCAAAGACUAUGGGCUUCGUGGCUUCUUCCAGGGCGGUGUCCCCCGGGCCCUCCGCAGAACUCUGAUGGCAGCCAUGGCCUGGACAGUAUACGAAUCGAUGAUGGCCAAGAUGGGCCUCAAGUCCUGAGCCAGAAGGGGGCCAGGCGAGGAUGGAAUCCUUAGCCCUGCUUGACGUCGCAUCCCCGUGCAGGAGUAAGACAGAGCCCUGUCUGGAGAACCGGGCACUUAGGUGACCUUCAGUGACCCAGUUCAAGUAGCGAAUAGAUGGGUCUGAGUCAGGCCUUUGGAAUCUCCCCAAGGCUCAUGUAAACACGCAGCACGUUGGGGAGUUGGGAGUGCAGCAAGGCUGCCCGAUGGGCAUUUCCAGAGGGAGCACUGCCAGGCGACUCUGCCUACCGCCCCAUGGCUUCCUGCCACCCCUUCUUGGGCCAGGAAAUCUCGAACCCAAGGAAGCUGUAACAGAGACGCUUCCUUCCGGAGGGGCUGGAGCAUCAGAGAGAGGAGUCGCUGUUACCAGGCCAAGUCUGGUGUUAGGGGGAGAAAGAAGCAAGGGUGUUAUUUCAUUGGCUCUUAAUAAACUCCGACGAUUUGGCAAA